CGCAGUGUGUAUUUGUUCAUAAACAUAGUAGAAUCCAGGAAAGAACAAUGGCAGCCAACAAGUUUGCAAGAAUGCUGCAUAAAAACUGCCAUAAAACAGUUGUUGUUCUAGUGUAUGCUGUCCUUGAGUGGAUUCUGAUACUCCUCCUGCUUCUGAAUUCCUGUUUCUCCUAUCUGAUAAGGAAGUUUUCCAAGUACUUUGGCCUCAAACCGUCUUGUCCGUGGUGUUGUAGAUUAGAUCAGAUUGUGGACUUUAAGAAUGUCUGUGAGGCACAUGGGACUGAGAUUUCCAAGCUCAGCUACUGCUCUAACCACAAAAGACUGGCUGAGUUCAAGGUUUUGUGCAGUGAUUGCUCGUUUUCUAGGCCGGCCCGUGAUGGAACGGUGCACGGAAUCUCUUCUACAGUUGCUUUCUUGUCAUGGUUGAGUGGGAGUAUGUCAGAAAACAGAGACCAGAGCCGGUGUUCUUGCUGUGAUGAAGUCUUGAGCAGAAAGCUCUAUGCUCCGUCUGUGGUCUUCAAGCCUUCUUGGGAUGUUCUUGGUUAUAUCAAGAAAACGCUGUCGGUUGCAGACUUGAUUGAUGCGGAGGACGAUGCAGAGCAGGCUUCAGAAACGACUGCACGGAGCAAAACGUUAUCUCAAACAGAUCACAAGAACCAUUGUGAUGGCAGCCUGAAGGCAGAAGUUGUUGAGGAUUACUGCAGUUCAGCUUCUGUUCCGAGUGAUGAAAAUGGUGGAAAUGCAUGUGAAAAUUUGGGUAGUUUUGAGGUUCAAGAAUGGGAGUCUAAUCCAACCGACUUUGCUCAUCAGCCAACCGAUGAUACCUUGUGUAAUGAGGAUGACGAAUCGGUUUAUAUAACGGAUAUGCUUUUACAGAGUGCAGGAUAUGUUGACUCUGAUAGAUUCAUAUGCAUAGAGCUGAUUGAUGAUACAGCUACCGCUUCCAGCCAAACGACGUUGACAGAUAGUGAGGAAGAGCAUGAUGAUAAACAAAGUAAUGCUGAAGCAGAAGGGACAGAUAAUAUUCCAGAAUCUGAGGGACAAGAUUGUGACAAGCUGAGCAUUGAAGCCGAACCUAAGACCACUUGCCCCGAGCUGGAUGACUGUGAUCAAUCUGUGAGAGCAGCCGUUCUUUCCAACAGCACAAACAUCGAGCUCUCUGCAGACAAUAAAUCGAAUAAUCAAGGGAUGGAGGAGUGUUUUGAUGGAAGCGUAAUCAGUGAGAUGGAAGUUGAUGAUGAGGGUCUUACGACAGAGCACCUGAAAGCGACACUAAAAGCUCAACGGAAGGCUCUGCAUGAGCUAUACACAGAACUAGAAGAAGAGAGAAAGGCUGCAGCAGUGGCUGCCAACGAGACGAUGGCUAUGAUAACGAAGCUUCAAGAGGAGAAGUCUGCAAUGCAAAUGGAAGCACUUCAGUAUCAAAGAAUGAUGGAGGAACAAGCUGAGUACGACCAGGAAGCCCUGCAGCUUCUGAAUGAUCUCAUGAUGAAACGAGAGAAGGAGAAGCAAGAACUUGAAAAGGAGCUGGAGAUGUACCGUAACAAGGUUUUGGAUUAUGAAGCCAGAGAAAAGAUGACGGUGGCUAGAAAUACCGGUGAUCGUUCCAUUGAUCUCGACUCAGAAGGCGAGUAUGACGAUAUCAGUUUUGAUGAUACUCAUCAAGAACACAAUUUGUAUGAUGCCCCAGAAGAAACAGGAGGAAAUUUUGAUACUUCUUUAGAAGAAUUUGAGGAAGAAAGGCUGUGCAUUCUUGAGGAACUCAAAGUUUUGGAAGCCAAAAUCUUUGCGUUGCAUGAAAACGAAACACCGUUAUCUAAAGAUUUCGACAGUUGCAGUCACGAAGAAAACGGGAUGUUUGAUACAUCAAUGGAUAACAAGAAAAUCCAUUUUGAAGGAAAAACUACAGACGCUACGGCAAAGAAACUCCUCCCACUCUUCGAUGCAACUGAUGAUGAAUUUGGAGAGGAAGUGUUUGAUAAACAGGAAAUUAGUACACAUAACGCAGGAAACUUAAACGACAUUCCCAAUGGAACCGAGUUGGAAACAAGCAAAGUCGUUUUGCAAGAGGAACUUGGCCACGUGUAUGAGAGGCUGCAGGCACUUGAAGCCGAUAAGGAGUUCUUAAAGCACUGCAUACGGUCCAUGAUGAAAGGAAACAAGGGAAUGGCUCUUGUCCAAGAAAUCUUGCAGCAUCUUCGUGAUUUGAGGUCUGCAGAACUCUCUGCAAGAAACUUGGCUGAAAUUCCAUUAGCUGAUGUAUCAAAUGAAGACUGAAAAACAACAAGUCAAGUAGAUUCUCGAGACUCCAAGGUUUUGAUGCAUUUUCUGGAGGGAAAAAUGUAUACAUUAGAUUUAGCUGCAACGCACGUGAUGCUAUGAAAAUGAACAUAUUUGUAGACAACCAGCAAAUGUUAAGAUUUUGUUGAUUUUUUAUGAACUAUGAGC